AAAUAUUUGAAUUCACUUGAACAUGGUCAUGGUAUCACUAUGUGAUUAUAUUAUGUGAGGUUACUGUUGACAGGCAAUCUGGGAAAAGCCACAGGAAGCCCCCGCCCUUCUCCCCCACCUCUACAUUUUCUAUGUGAAGCCACUCCUCACUGAGGAUGAAGUAACCGAAACAAGCUGCUUUCGUAACAGCACAGAGGCUCAGGCUGAGUUGUAGUAGGACAGCUCACACUGCCCUAAUUGUUUUUCUAAAUUCUACAUUUCACAAUAGAACAUGAAGCUGUUUAGCAAACUUGAAAUUUCCCAUGCCUUUCAUAACGGCAGCUCAGAGGAAAAGUCAUUCAGAAGAAGAAGAGAGACGGGACACACCAAACCACACUCCACAAAGAAAACGACAGCACUUCUUUUCAGGAAACUGAGGUGAAUAAUUCAGUUCACUCUAAAGAUGUCGGACACUGCUGCUUUGGCCUCUAAAACGGGGAAUGACCACAUCUUUGUGACCCAAGUGAGCUCCCCACCAACAUCAACUGAACUUGGGCAAAUUGUCUCCACUGGGGGUUCACUUCAGAAAUUUCUGAAAGGGGAACCAAAAGCAUUAGGAACUGUUCAAAUAAUGAUCGGUUUGUUCACACUCUUGCUCGGUAUCUUGAUAACCUUCUUUUUUCCUGCCUUCACUGUCUUCAGUGGAAUUGUAUUUUGGGGUGCUUUCAUGUACAUCAUCACUGGCUCUCUGGCUGUUUCAGCAAGUAACAAGCUUCAUCACUGUGUGGUGAUGGGUGCUCUGGUGAUGAAUGUGAUAAGCACCAUAACUGCAGGAAUAGCCAUCGUCCUGCUUUCGAUGGAUAUGAUAUUUCUUUGCAACUAUCGUUUGAAUAAUUGCUACUCUGAGGGCCUGAUCGUUGGAGUUCUCGCAGUGCUGAUCAUUUUUUCCAUCGUGCAGUUCACCAUCUCCAUCUGUGUCUCAGCCUUUGCCAGUAAAGCCAUCUGUAGCGCUGAACCUUCUGUGAACAUCACUUUGGUUCCAAACCAAGCAGGAUGUCCUGAUUACCCCAGUAAACAGCCCUUUGCCAACCAGCAGUGACCACCAUGAACAGUCCACCAAUGGAAAGUCCUCCAGAGUACACCAAGAUAAAAGGCUAAUUAACUGAGACUGAAAAAUCUCCAGAAUAAACACCACAAUAACGUUACAUAUGGACUGCAACUGUAGAACUAUACAGUCAUAUACAGACGGACUGCUCUGAUGCAAAGAUAUUUUAAUAGUGUGACGAAAAUAUCUAUUUUUUUAAAUAAAAAAAAAUCCACUAUGCAUGUUUGGACAAACUAUUGUUUGUUUUUAUAGUCAUUGUUUUUUUUUUGUUUGUUUGUUU